AUGUUUCCCAUUCUUUUACUUCAAAUUUGCUACCCAGAUGGUGUUUUUGUCAAUGGUGUACGUCAUCCUUAUGAAAGGUCUUUUCCAAUCAUCUCUUGCUGGGAUGACACCAUAUUGUUAGAGAUUACCACGUUAGAAGCUCGUGCAAGUGGUUUUGGGCUGGGCAGGGCAAGGGCACGCCUAAUAGAUAAAGAACCUGAGAUUGUAGUUAAUUUAUUGGAAUUACCUGAAGACGAUGAACAAAUGUUAACAUCUAAAGUCUUGCAAACUUUUAAAGAUACAACACAACAGCUGAAUUACCCAUCAGGCGAGGAAGAUCCUCCAAAGGAGGCACUUGGGGACACUAUAGAAAGUGUGGGCUUGAAAUUGAAUAGUCCCCUAGUUGAAUACCCAUGUGAGGAUGCAGCUGAGCACAAUAAUGAUAGUCCUUCACCCUCCGUUGAACGGAAUGAUGAGGGUGAAGAAACUAAAGCUUGCGAAGCUUCUAAAGCUUAUAAAGCUUCUGAAGAUGAGGAUGAGGGGGGACGCGUCAACAUUAGAGACUAUACAAAGAGGAAGAUCACAAAAAUUCCAUUGUACCAAAAAAUAACCAACAAGCUCAUUUUCCUGUUGCUUCAAGAAGACAUGAAGAACGUCAAAAUAACAGAAGAACACAUAAAAAACGCUGACCUGAUUCCCUUCAUUUUCUCUCAACUCCAACACCAAACAAUCUCAAAAAUGUUAUUCAAAAUCACACCCCAUGCCUUACUGAGCCUGGCACUGGCCGGAAUCCUCAUCGGAGCUCUAGUAGGAAUUGCAACCGCCCAAAACUGUGGCUGCGCCGCCGGCCUCUGCUGCAGUCAGUUCGGAUUCUGCGAUCAGGGUCCAGAUUUUUGUGGGACCGGAUGUCAAUCUGGGUCCUGCACAGGCUCCAAUGGGGUAGUGGUGGGUGAUAUAGUUACGGAUGCGUUCUUCAACGGAAUAAUUAAUCAGGCCACCGGAGAUUGUCCUGGCCGGGGAUUCUACACCCGUCAAGCGUUUCUUCAGGCCCGAGAAUUGUUCACUGCGUUUGGAACUAUCGGCUCUGAGGAUGAUUCGAAGAGAGAAAUUGCUGCCUUUUUUGCUCACGCAACUCAUGAGACCUUUACCCAUUUCUGUAAAAUAGAAGAAGUAAACGGGGCUUCUCAAAACUACUGCGAUCCAACAAAAACACAAUACCCAUGUGCUGCCGGCAAGCAAUAUUUCGGGCGAGGACCGAUCCAGCUUUCGUGGAACUACAAUUAUGGACCCGCCGGCGAACGCCUUGGUUUUGAUGGUUUGAACAAUCCCGAGAUCGUGGCGACAGAUCCUUUAGUGUCUUUCAAAACAGCUUUGUGGUUUUGGAUGACGAAUGUUCAUCCAGUAGUGACAACCGGUCAAGGGUUUGGGGCCACGACCAGGAAGAUUAAUGGUGAUUUAGAGUGUGAUGGGAAAAGGCCGGAUCUUGUUAAUGCUAGAAUUGGGUAUUAUAGAGAUUAUUGCAGUCAGUUUGGGGUUGAUCCUGGUUCUAAUCUCUCUUGUUAGAACUAUAGAAAGAAAUAAGAAUUUUAUUGAUGUAAUACAAUAAAUUUAGCUGAAAAAUAAGAGAAUAAGUUUGGGCUUGUAACUUGUCAAUUUCUUUUUGAAGAAAUAUAAUAAUUAAUUUUAUUUUAAGUUUAACA